AUGAGCCAGCAAGAGAUUCUACAGAAGAAUUACUCGACUCCCUUACAUCUUCAACAGGUGGACAUUGUCGGUGGUGAGGGUUUUAAUGCUCUGUUUUUCAAAAAUUUACUGAACCCAUUGCUGUCCAAUUCUGACUUGACAGUGUCAAACUUUGUACAAUCAAGCAAUGAACCUCUGCCAGUGAAAGCAAUACUGACUUUGAAGCCAUCCCUCCUAAAGCAUUUCACCGUCACUCCAGUCCUAUUUGAGAACGGAAUUGCAUUGAAUGGUAUUUAUUCCAAUCUAAAUGCGUUUGGAAAUAGUGAAUCUCUGUCGUUUAAUGGACUAGUUGAUCUCAGAAGUGAAUCUCCGUUGAAGAAUUUCAACUUUAACUUCCAAGCUCCUUUGAAGGAUCCUUCGUAUAGGUUGGUAUUCAACUCAUUGUUGUCAAAGUCCACGGUCGCUUGGGCUUCUAACCACGAUCAGACCAAUUCUAGUGUCUAUCUUGGGCUUCACAAACGUUUCGGUAGAUCCCUGACUUCCGAGUUAGGUUUUUCUGGUGUGUACCGAAAUGUUUAUAAUUUGAGUGAUUUUACAAGCGAUACAAUCAAAAGUGAUGCUUCGUUUUCCAACAAGAAUUCGUUACUACUGAAUGUUAACUAUGAUUCAAGAUCUUUUACCCCAGAAUCCUUAUACAAGUUCCCAACCAAGGGUUCAUCACUGACUUUCAAUAAUGAGCUGAUUAUUGAUCAAGAAAAAGAGCAAUUCUCCAAAUCUGACCUGAAAUUCCAAUCGUUAUACUCAUUUUUCAACAACUGGCUGACUUUUGAAGUUGCAGGUGGAAUUGGUUCAAUUAUACUCAACGAUACCUCGAAGAAGCCACAUUUUCAAGACAAAUUCUUCUUGGGAGGCUUCAAUUCCUUGAGAGGUUUCAAAUUCAACUCAACUGGUCUUAAAGAUGGCAAUGAUUUCGUUGGCGGUACAAACUACUUCCAAUUGGGAGCUACUGCUUACUCUAAGAUACCCUUUGUCAAGGCCUCACCAUUAAGGCUUCGUUUAUUCAUCAACGCUGGUGAUGUUCUUAAUGAUAUUCCAACGCUUAAAAACACUGACUUUAUCAAGAAUUCCGCCCAGGCUGUCGGUUGGGGAUUGACAUACUCUCUAGGAUCCGUGGCAAAUGCUGAAUUCAACUAUAAUAUUCCCAUCAGCACCAGAACUCAAGAUAUAACCAAACCCGGGAUAGAAUUCGCAUUAUCCCUAUCCGGAGACUUUAAUUAG